CUGACUGCACCACACACACACACACACACACACACACACACAUACACAUACACAUAUGACUGUAGAUGUGAAUGGCCCCGACACUUGGCACGUUUGGCGGGCGACAAGUAGCCGUCAGUCCGGCAGCUGCAACGUCUGCAGACCGAGCUUGCGCCGCGUACACCCAUGGGUGUCGCUACUGUGACCGUGUUCUGCAUUGGGACUGAAUGUGGGCGCUUUGAUCGGUGCAGUUAUUUUCAGAGUCACUCGCUCAAGCUAUUUCGGAGCGACUGGAAACGUGCAGACGGGUCGGGUAGUUUGGAUUGAGGAGCCGCACGGACCGCUGCAGCAGACACGGCACCGGAGCAGCAGCAGAGGGGGCACGGAUGUGAUGCCAAAGCUGGCGAGAAAAACAAAGGUUUAAGUCUAGGAAAGAAAGCUGUUGGGUGUCGUCUCUGGAGAGGGAUCGGGACUGUGGUUCAGCCCAGCGAAAUGUAGCGGCUCACUGUCCUGAAAGACGGAUUUGGAGACCUGCAUGCAGUCUACUCAUGAUUUUUCUGUAGUCUAGUCCAGGGCAUGUGCUGCAGUCAUGUUUAGGAACAGCUUGAAGAUGUUGCUGACGGGAGGGAAGGCCAACCGCAAGAGUCGCAGCAGUGAUGGUGGAAGCGAGGACUUGGCAGACCCCCGCUCACCCAGUCUAGACCCUCACCUGAGCCACAUCGGCCAAGGUGGCAGCAUAGACAGCGACUGUGCCUUUGAAGGAGACUACGCUGUGCCCCCGCUCUCAAUGACCGAGGGCAUGCAGCACAUUCGCAUAAUGGAGGGCGUGUCACGCUCGCUGCCCUCCUCCCCGCUGCUCACCCACCAGGCCAUCAGUGUCAGGCUUCAGCCUGUGAAGAAGCUCACAGCCCCUCUGCGGAAAGCAAAGUUUGUGGAGAGCCCUCGCAUUCCACAAUCAGAGCUUGGCUCCCCUACACACACCUCCACCACUGCCAAGAAUCCAGACCUGGACACAUACUGCCCUGGGGAGUCAAGCCAUGAGCUGGGCCCCCCUCCAUCGGUGGAUGAGGCAGCCAACACAUUGAUGACGCGCUUGGGUUUCCUUCUGGGAGACAAAGUGAGUGAGGGGCCGGCCGGUACCCAGUACAGCAUGGAGGAGCCCGAGGCAAGACAGGGCCAGAACCAGAGGAUCAGCCCGUGCUCCACCCUGACCAGCAGCACUGCCUCACCCCCUGCAGGCAGCCCCUGCUCCACCCUCCCCCCUGCCAUGCCUGGCCAGGCCGGCAACAAGGACUGUGCCUACGGUUCUGUCACCAGUCCCACCUCAACCCUGGAGAGCAGGGACAGCGGGAUUAUCGCCACACUGACCAGCUACUCUGAGAACAUGGAGCGAGGCGGCAAAUACGGCGAGGGCUCCCGGGGAAACCUGAAACUGUGGCAGUCCCAGAAAUCAGGCAUGGACUCGUUCCUGUACAGGGUGGAUGAAAACAUGACUGCCUCCACCUACAGCCUCAACAAAAUCCCUGAGCGCAACCUGGAGAGCAUGUCCUCCCACUCUGCCCACUCCAUCCCUCUGUACCUCAUGCCCCGCCCUAACUCUGUGGCUGCUACCAGUUCAGCACACCUGGAGGACCUGGCAUACCUGGAUGAGCAGAGACACACUCCAUUACGCACCUCGCUGCGCAUGCCUAGACAGAGCACCACCUGCGGGCCGGGUCGCUCCGGGCAGGACCUGAGAGCUUCCGCUAAUAACACCCAUGCCUGGCAAUCCCAGUCACUGCGAUUUGCACCCUACCGGCCUCAAGACAUCGCCCUCAAACCUCUGCUGUUUGAGGUGCCCAGCAUCACCAUGGACUCUGUCUUCACGGGCCGCGAGUGGCUCUUCCAGGAGAUCGAUGCUCACCUCAACAGCCCCAAUGCCAGCACCAACCGUGGCGUGGCAGUAGUAGGCAACAUCGGCUUCGGCAAGACCGCGAUAAUCUCUCGCCUGGUGGCACUCAGCUGCCAUGGCACCCGCAUGAGACAGAUUGCCUCCGACAGCCCUCAGGCCUCACCCAAACAUGGAGAGGGGCUCCCUCUCACCCAGCCCCAGCCCACUCAUGGCACCCUGGGAGGAGGCAGCUGUCCUGGGACCCCUGAGAUGAGGCGCCGUCAGGAAGAAGCCAUGAGAAGGCUAGCGUCUCAGGUGGUAGCAUAUCACUACUGCCAGGCAGAUAACGCCUACACCUGCUUGGUGCCGGAGUUUGUGCACAAUGUGGCGGCUCUGCUGUGCCGCUCGCCGCACCUCGUUGCCUACAGGGAGCAGAUGCUGAGGGAGCCACACCUACAGAGCAUCCUGAGUCUGCGCUCCUGCGUUCAGGACCCCCUCGCCUCUUUUAGGAGGGGGGUCCUAGAACCCCUGGAUGCACUUUACAAAGAGAGGAAGAUCAACUCAGAGGAGGACCUCAUCAUCCUCAUUGACGGUCUGAAUGAGGCAGAGUUCCACAAGCCAGACUAUGGAGACACCAUCGUGUCCUUCCUCACCAAAACCAUCAACAAGUUCCCUCCCUGGCUCAAACUGGUGGUCACAGUCAGAACCACUUUACAGGAGAUCACCAGUGCUCUGCCGUUCCACCGCAUCUCGCUGGAUGGCCUGGAGGAGAAUGACGCCAUAGACCAGGACUUGCAGGGCUACAUCCUGCACCGCAUCCACAGCAGCCCGGAGAUCCAGAACAACAUCUCGCUUAAUGGCAAGAUGGACAACACCACCUUCGGCAAGCUCAGCGCCCACCUCAAGGCCCUGAGCCAGGGCUCCUAUCUGUACCUCAAGCUCACCUUUGACCUCAUUGAGAAGGGCUAUCUUGUCCUCAAAAGCUCCAGCUAUAAGGUGGUUCCAGUCAACCUGGCAGAGGUGUACCUGCUGCAGUGCAACAUGCGCUUCCCCACGCAGUCAUCGUUCGAGCGAGCGCUUCCUCUACUCAAUGUGGCUGUGGCCUCACUCCAUCCGCUGACCGAUGAGCAGAUAUAUCAGGCCAUCAACUCUGGUUCACUGGAGGGCACACUGGACUGGGAGGAUUUCCAGCAACGUGUAGACAACCUGUCAGUUUUCCUGGUGAAGAGGAGGGACGGCACCAGGAUGUUUGUUCACCCCUCCUUCAGGGAGUGGCUGAUCUGGAGAGAAGAAGGAGAAAAGACAAAGUUCCUCUGCGAUCCGAGGAGCGGUCACACGCUACUGGCCUUCUGGUUCUCUCGGCAGGAGAACAAGCUGAACAGGCAGCAGACUAUUGAGCUGGGCCAUCACAUCCUCAAAGCACAUAUCUUCAAGGGUCUCAGCAAGAAAGUCGGGGUUUCCUCAUCUAUUUUGCAAGGCCUGUGGGUAUCCUACAGCACAGAAGGCCUUUCAGCUGCACUUUCUUCACUCCGAAAUCUCUACACACCCAACAUCAAGGUGAGCCGGCUGCUGAUGCUGGGUGGUGCCAAUGUGAACUACCGUACGGAGGUGCUGAACAACGCCCCCGUCCUGUGUGUCCACUCCCACUUGGGCUACAUGGACAUGGUGGGUCUGCUGCUCGAGUUCGGCGCCUCUGUUGACGCUCAGUCUGAGAGCGGCCUCACGCCGCUAGGCUACGCCGCCGCUGGGGGACACAUGGCCAUUGUCACUGCGCUUUGCCGCAGAAGAGCAAAGGUGGACCACCUGGACAAGAACAGCCAGUGCGCUCUGGUUCAUGCUGCCCUGAGGGGCCACAUGGAAGUGGUGAAGUUCCUCAUCCAGUGUGACUGGGGGAUGGGGGCACAGCAGCAACAGUCACCACAAACCCAACAACAAGCGGCCUUCACUAAGAGCCACGCAGUUCAGCAGGCCCUCAUUGCUGCAGCCAGUAUGGGAUACACAGAGAUUGUGUCCUACCUGCUGGACCUGCCAGAGAAAGAUGAAGAGGAGGUGGAGCGGGCUCAAAUCAAUAACUUUGACACCUUGUGGGGGGAGACAGCUCUGACUGCAGCCUCUGGCCGGGGGAAGCUGGAGGUUUGUCGUCUGUUACUGGAGCAGGGCGCGGCUGUGGCCCAGCCCAACAGAAGAGGCAUCGUCCCGCUGUUCAGUGCCGUCCGACAGGGACACUGGCAGAUCGUGGACCUUCUUCUCACCCAUGGCGCAGAUGUCAACCUGGCUGACAAGCAGGGUCGUACCCCUCUAAUGAUGGCCGCCUCAGAGGGACACCUGGGAACUGUGGAGUUUUUACUGGCUCAAGGAGCCUCUCAGUCUCUAAUGGAUAAGGAGGGUCUGACUGCCCUGAGCUGGGCUUGUCUGAAAGGCCAUUUACCUGUCGUCCGCUGCCUGGUGGAGAGCGGAGCCGCCACCGACCACGCAGACAAGAACGGACGGACGCCCCUUGACCUGGCUGCCUUCUACGGCGACUCUGAAGUGGUCCAGUUCUUGGUUGACCACGGGGCCAUGAUAGAGCAUGUAGACUACAGCGGGAUGCGUCCUCUCGACAGGGCGGUGGGCUGCAGAAACACAUCGGUGGUGGUCGCCCUGCUCAAGAAAGGAGCCAAGAUAGGUCCAGCCACAUGGGCCAUGGCCACCUCCAAACCCGACAUCAUGAUCAUCUUACUCAGCAAGCUCAUCGAGGAGGGGGACAGUUACUACAAGAAGGGGAAGGUGAAGGAGGCAGCACAGCGUUAUCAGUAUGCCCUUAAAAAGUUUCCACGCGAAGGCUUCAGCGAGGACCUCAAGACAUUCAGGGAACUCAAAGUAUCGCUCUUCCUCAACCUGUCCCGAUGUCGGAGGAAAAUGAACGACUUUGGGAUGGCUGAGGAAUUUGCUACUAAGGCGCUUGAACUGAAACCAAAAUCAUAUGAGGCAUACUAUGCCAGGGCACGCGCUAAGCGUAGCAGCAGACAAUUUCCUGAAGCCUUAGAGGACCUGAAUGAAGCCAUAAAGCACUGUCCCAACAACCGAGAGAUCCUGCGGCUGCUCCAGAGGGUGGAGGAAGAGUGUCACCAGCUCAACGAGGAGGAGCACCAGCAGCAGGACCUGGAGCUGGAGCCUCCUCCCUCCCCUCCUCCGACGCCUCCCCCAGAAGAGGAGGAGUCCCUGUCCCUGUCCAUGCCUCUUCCCCCUCCCCCAGAGCCCCGUCUGGAGGACAUGGAGCCCGUCCAGGACCUGUUUGAGGACGAGGACUACCUGGAGCAGGAGUUGGAGGCCAUGUCGGUGGGUCUGCCCCCACCUGAGUCUCUCACCAACCCUUCCAGCCUUCCCCUCAUUCAGAGCCCACCGCUCUCCCCCACACAUCCAGACCAGAUCUACUUAGCUGGAGGUUCACCCAUGGGUCAGCCCUACGAAUAUCACCCCACCUCCUCCUCCAUGUCCUCUCCAACCCGUGGGUCAUACCAGCCCACAUCGCCCUCCCUCUCCCCGACACAUCAGAACUCCCACUACCGACACAGCCCUCCGCAUACCUCCCCGGUGCACCAGCACUCCUACAGCUUCAGCCCUCCUCCUAUGGGUACUGGGGGUCAGGGGAUGGAUCACCAGAGCCCACCGCCUUCCCCUUUACGUCGGGCUGCUCAAUACAGAGCCAGUCCGCCAGUAGAAAGUGUUUGUCUCUACAGGUCCCAGUCUGGGUCACCUGUGCGCUACCAGACAGAGCAGCACCCCGGCCGACCCAAAUCUCCCCUUUCCAAGAUGAGCAGCCAGCGUUCAUUCCAGCUGAGCUCACAGCCUUCUCUGUCCUCCCAGCACCACCAAGCCCAAGGCCUUCGUCUUCAGCCUUCUAUAGCCCAAAUAGUCCGCACAAACCAGCCCAGCAAUGUGAUGAGCAACAGCAUUUACGGUGGCCAGAUGGGCCACUCCAUUGGUGGUCGCUACCAGGGGGGUUCAGUGGAUGUGGAAAGCCGACUGGUGUACCAACCCUCCCUGGAUGGACGGUCCAUGCCCCAGGUCCAGGCCAGCCUCAGUUCUGGGGCCCUCUGUCAGCACGGUGGCCGAGGAGGGGUUAUGGAGUCGGGCCUGUUGAAGGAUGAGCUACCCCAGCGCCCCUCCUCUGCCUACCGCGCCAGCAGCGGGGGCCCAGGGGGCAUCCGUUACAGCCAGACACCUCAGAUAAGCCGCAGCCAGUCAGCGGCCUACUACCCAGUCUCUGAACACAUAUUGGAGCGCGCCAAUGCCAUGCCCCCCUGCCAGCUGGGCUCUCCUGAAAUCCCCCAUAUGGUGAGACGCCCUGUCAGUGCCAAUACUACUGAAAUAAAGCAGCAUGUGCCCACCCCCAGGCCUCUCAUCCAUUCUCAGAGCGUAGGCCUCAGAUUCUCCCCCUCUAGCAACAAUAUCUCAACUGGAUCCACCUCAAAUUUAGCACCGGGCUUCAGGCCAUCCUCUUCAAUUCAGCAGAUGGAGAUCCCCCUGCAAGCCACAUACGAGCGCACCUGUGAUGACAUCUCUCCCAUCUCUCCCUCCCAGGGCGGCGGGGGGCUGUAUCAGGGCGAGACCACCCGCUCUCGGAACACGCCCUUCAUGGGCAUCAUAGACAAGACGGCGCGAACUCAGCAGUACCUGCAUCAGCCUUCGCGGUCCAGGGCCAUGACAUCCAUGGACUCUGCCAUCAGCCCCACGUCGCCUGGUCAGCUAGUGCAGCAAGGCUCCACCUACAGUCCCCCCGCCUCACUGGGCAAUAUCGCCUACUACAACAAGACAAACAACGCCCAAAACGGACACCUGUUGGAGGAGGACUACUACUCCCAGACCCAGCCCCCCUCACUGGGCAAGCUGGCCAAUGGCUCCCGCGGCAGUGGAGACAUCCUGGAGCGGGUCAGCCAGGUGCCCACCUACCCAGAUGUGAAGGUGGCAAGGACUCUGCCCGUGGCACAGGCCUACCAGGACAACAUGUACCGCCAGCUCUCGCGUGACUCCCGGACCCAAGGCCCCACCUCCCCCAUCAAACCAAAGAGACCAUUUGUGGAAUCAAAUGUGUGAUGGCCUGUCUGUGAUUGAUUGGUUGGACUGGGCUUGUUAAUGGGAGCGAGAGGAGAUAAAUAGACAAAUAUUUAGCUCAACAGCUGAUGCUGAUGACCCUUGUGUAUGUGACAUGGAUGAACUCAUCUAAAAGAACUCAUAAGAGACAGAUCCAGUUAGAAAGAAAAUCACACAACCGGCACACACAUUUAGGGUAUUACAAUAUGAAAAACAUAAACACUGAGAAGCGAUUAUUUCAUUAUCAUAUUCUGCACACAGGUACGAUAACGGGAGGGUCCUAAGUUCUGAUCUCAUACUAAAUCGAAGACCAGUGCACUUCCAAAAUGUUGUGUGGCACAAAGUUCCCACAAGUGAACACAACAGGUGGGACUAAAUGAGUGAAAGUACUAAUCAUCGGACUCUACUUGUGGACUCUGUAUCCAUCUUCUGUUCUUUCAAAGUGUGCUCUUAACCAAGGUUGCUAGUAGGCUCUAUUCUAUGUAAUACAAUAUUAUAUGUUCAAUACUGUACAUUGCUCAGAAAAUACAAAUGGCUCAACAACUCAGUAAGUAGAGAAAAAUGACAAUAUUUAUAAUUAAGUUAUAUAUUGUACAUAGAAAUAAAACAAAACAUAGUUUGCGUUUGAAUUGUAUUCUGUUAACCCUGCCUUUGUGUCCCACUGCUAGUCAUAUGGAUGUGGAAAACUGACCAGGGUAAGGAAUGAGGGACAUUGACCAACUUUGAAUGAUAAUAAUUACCUCUUCUGUGUAAAAAUAAAAAAUAUUUUGUUGUGGUUCAAUGCAAGUAAAAUGCUUUCUGUGCUGCAAUAGGUCCUCAGUGAUUUAAACUAAGGCUGCACGAUCAUUUUUCUUUAUCUAUUCAUCUGCAGAUAAUUUUGUAAGUUAGUUUUAUUUCUGUAAAUUGUCAGAAAAAAAUAUGCCCAAUAUAACAUCGAACAUGAAGUCUUCAAAUGUCUUGUUUUGUCCAUCCAACAGUGAUAUAAAAACAGCAGUGAAUCCUCACACUGGAGAAGCUAGAACCAGAUAAUGUUUGGCAUUUUUGCUGGAAAAAUGACUGCAAUGAUCCAUGGUCAAAAUAGUUGCCCAUUAAUUUCCUGUGCACCAAUUAAUGGACAUAUUGUUUUAGCUGUAAGUUAAUAAGCACAAGUAUUGAUUCAAAUCUUACCCAGACUAUCACAAAGUGCACUACAGUAUGCACUUUUCAAAAGUUAAAAUGUUUGUGUCAGAAGGAAAAUUUAACUAUUGCACAUGGUCCCUAAACCUAUUUUUGCAUAGUUUUUGGUUGAUUAAAUACAUGUUGAAAUCAGUCACCUCAACCAAUUUCUGAGAUUCAGAUACAUUUUCUGUAUUUUUAAGUAUCAUUACUAUAUCACAGACCUCGUGAUAUGGUCAUGGCGUUACACCAGCUGUCAAGCUGCAAUCGCGAAUAUUUUCUGACAUAUUGCAACCUCACUGUGAAUAAACAACUUUGAAUACUUGCUUCACCAUCUGCUUAAACAAACAGGCAAAGCAUCAUUUGCUAUAGUUUUGUACAAGCACGUAAUCAUUUUGCAGAUAUCAUAAAACUUGUUUUGAGGACAAACUGCUGUAUUAGAAUAUUAGACCUUGAGUGCAAUACGGUGAUUUUAUCACGUGGCACAUGAUCAUCAAAGUUCGCCUUUGUCCCUCCUCCGUACGUGAUGACACUGUAUGUUCCUAAGAGAGAGUAGAACGUACAAUACAUAUGCUAGUGAUGGGUUAACAUGGAUAGUGCUCAGCGAUUAAAAGCAAGCAAAUGCAUACACGACCACUGUUACAGAUGUUUCCCUUUCUCCUGCAUAAUUUUGUGUAAUUUCUUUUUACCCACAAUGCAUUUUUAUUCCGCCACUUCUGCACUAAAAAUGCCUGUUAAGUUCUUAACUAAGGGUGCACUUUAUGUAUUUUACUUACUUUGUUAUGAUUGCUGAAUAUGGAGAAACUGGAUGUGUGAUCAGUCAGACCUCUGACCAGUGAUGCCAGACUAUCAGACACUAUUACUAUAUGAUUUACAAAGCAGUGAUGAAUGACAAUAUGAUGAGCAAACAAUGUUUUUAAACUGGUGAAGAUGUAUAGACUUUCUAGCACAAGUUGUAUAUACGGAUUCAGAUAUUCCACUCAGUCCAGCUCUGGUGUGUUCCUUAAGCAAGUCUGUUUCAAGAGGCCAAUCAUAUUUAAGUAUUCCACAUCAUAAAAAACAUCCAUUAAAGUCCUCUAACUCUUAAUUAUCCAGUCUAACCCACUGGUCUUGCACACAUCUUGAAAAUUAUGUCCAAUGAACUGCAAAAAAAAAAAAAAGUAUGACUGAUGUUUCAGUGC